AUGGGGAUAUACUUGAUGGAAAAUGAAAAAUAUGAGUGUCGUGAUUUUGUGGAAGAAUAUAAUCACCAUUUUCAUAUAUUUGGUACAAAGCAUUUUAUGCGUUCCCAAAGGAAAAUUUCAGAGAUACAUUCAUAUGAAAUCGAUUUAGCAGAUGAUUCAAGGAUCAAUCCUAAGGCAGCAUUUGAGUUAAUGGGUAGGCAAGCUAGUGGGACAGAAACUCUUGGCUACAUAAUACAAGAUCAGAAGAACUAUCUACGAACAAAAAGACAACAUUUCUUAUCUUAUGAAGCUAAUGGACAGAAAAAACCUAUAACCAUCUUCACAGAUCAAGAUGCUGCUAUGGCAAAAGCAUUGCAUGAGGGAACAUUCGAUCAAGCUCUUUCGCAGUUUUCUUCCCAAGCAUCGGCAACAGAUAUUCUGCAGCAAUACCAUGAAUGGGAUUAA